AUCAGCAUAUGUAAAGUAGUCACCGAGUUCCUUCGCAAAACUGGUCGCGUGUUGCAAGCCGUCCAGGUGUACAAGGAAUGUUUGGUUAUAAUACCCAGUCAAGCGCAGGCUAUCAAUAGUUCAUUGGCAAACGUUAUGUUCAAAAUCAUGACAACGGUUGGAAACACCCAUGGCCAGGCACCAUGUUACUCAAAGCUCGGAGUAAUGUUCCAAUCGUAUGGUCAAUAUGACAAGGCCCGAGAAUAUCAGGAUAAAGCACUCGCUAUCGCAGUAGAAAUUGGUGACAGGGAUGGAGAAGCAUCAAGCUACGGAAACCUAGGAACUAUCUUCCAAUCACUCGGUCAAUAUGACAAGGCCCGAAAAUAUCAGGAGAAAGCACUCGCUAUCAGAUUAGAAAUUGGUGACAGGGAUGGAGAGGCAACAAGCUACGGAAACCUAGGAACUUGGUUCCGAUCGCUCGGUCAAUAUGACAGGGCCCGAGAAUAUCAGGAGAAAGCACUCGCUAUCAAAAUAGAAAUUGGUGACAGGCAUGGAGAAGCAACAAGCUACGGAAACCUAGGAACUGUGUUCCAAUCUCUCGGGCAAUUUGACAGUGCCCGAGAAUAUCACGACAAAGCACUCGCGAUUAAAAACGAAAUUGGUGAUAGGCAUGGAGAAGCAACAAGCUACGGAAACCUUGGAACUUUGUUCCAAUCAGUCGGUAAAUAUGACAAGGCCCGUGAAUAUCAAGAGAAAGCACUCCUUAUCAGAAUAGAAAUCGGUGACAGGGAUGGAGAGGCAGCAAGCUACGGAAACCUAGGAACUUUGUUCCGAUCACUCGGUCAGUAUGACAAGGCCCGAGAAUAUCAGGAGAAAGCACUCGCUAUCCAAAUAUGAAUUGGUGACAGGAAUGGAGAAGCAACAAGCUGGGGAAACUUAGGAACUGUGUUCCAAUCACUCGGGCAAUUUGCAAAGGCUCGAGAAUAUCACGAGAAAGCACUCGCUAUCAAAAACGAAAUUGGUGACAGGCAUGGAGAAGCAACAAGCUACGGAAACCUUGGAACUUUGUUCCAAUCACUCGGUCAAUAUGACAAGGCCCGAGAAUAUCAAGAGAAAGCACUCGCCAUCAAAAUAGGAAUUGGUGACAGGCAUGGAGAAGCAACAAGCUACGGAAACCUAGGAACUGUGUUCCAAUCACUCGGGCAAUAUGACAAGGCCCGAGAAUAUCAUGAGAAAGCACUCGCUAUCAAAAACGAAAUUGGUGACAGGCAUGGAGAAGCAACAAGCUACGGAAACCUUGGAACUUUGUUCCGAUCACUCGGUCAAUAUGACAAGGCCCGAGAAUAUCAGGAGAAAGCACUCGCUAUCCAAAUAGAAAUUGGUGACAGGAAUGGAGAAGCAACAAGCUACGGAAACCUAGGAACUGUGUUCCAAUCACUCGGGCAAUUUGCAAAGGCCCGAGGAUAUAACGAGAAAGCACUCGCUAUCAAAAACGAAAUUGGUGACAGGCAUGGAGAAGCAACAAGCUACGGAAACCUUGGAACUUUGUUCCGAUCACUCGGUCAAUAUGACAAGGCCCGAGAAUAUCAGGAGAAAGCACUCGCUAUCAAAAUAAAUAUGAGUGACAGGCAUGGAGAAGCAACAAGCUACGGAAACCUAGGAACUGUGUUCCAAUCACUCGGGAAAUUUGACAAGGCCCGAGAAUAUCACGAGAAAGCACUCGCUAUCAAAAACGAAAUUGGUGACAGGCAUGGAGAAGCAACAAGCUAUGGAAACCUUGGAACUUUGUUCCGAUCACUCGGUCAAUAUGACAAGGCCCGAAAAUAUCAGGAGAAAGCACUCGCUAUCAGAAUAGAAAUUGGUGACAGGCAUGGAGAAGCAACAAGCUACGGAAACCUAGGAACUGUAUUCCAAUCACUCGGUCAAUAUGACAAGGCCCGAGAAUAUCAGGAGAACGUACUCGCUAUCAGAAUAAGAAUUGGUGACAGGCAUGGAGAAGCAACAAGCUACGGAAACCUCACAGGUUUGUUUCUCUCACUCGGCAUGUAUGCAAAGGGUUACGACUAUCUGAUGAAGGCACUGGCAGUUAGAAAGGGUAUCGAUGAUAGAAGGGGAGAAGCAACAGAUUACAGUCAUCUUGGUCAAAUUUCUUUUAAGCGUGGUGAAUAUGACAAGGCUCAAGAAUAUUACGAGAAAGCCCUGGCAAUUCACAUGGAAAUCGGUGAGAGAGAAAGAGUACCAGUCAACUACAGGAAUUUAGCAUUGUGUUUCCAAUCGCUUAGCAAAUAUGACGUGGCCGAAGAAUACCUUAAGAAGGCUCUCCUAUUAAGUAGGGACAUUGGACUCAACUUAAGCGAGUUGUACUGCCUCUGUAAUCUAUCGGUGUUAAAGUUCUCACAUGGUCAUCUUGAAGAGGCUUGUUCGUAUCUUUUUCAAGGCAUCCAAAAGUUCGACACUUUGAGAGGUUUUCUUAAAGAAAACGAUCAGUUUCAAAUAGCUCUCUUAGAAGAGCACGGCACCUUUUCCUACAAGCUGUUCAGUAGGUUGCUUUCUUCCACUGGAAAACCUCAAGACGCCCUUUACGUCGAAGAGCUGAGAAGGGCACGAGGCCUGGCCGACUUGAUGGCAGCUCGAUACUCUCUUCAAGAGCAGAUCUCAAGCGAUCCACAAUCUUGGUGUGGCAUUCAAAGGAUCAUCACAAAAGAAGCAGACUGUGCAUGCCUGUACAUUUCGAUUAGUGAAGAUGAGGUACGGUUUUGGAUAAUUACAGCAACGGGAGCUAUUCAUUUUUCAGAAAAGAAAGUGAGCCUGGACCAAAACAAUGUGACCGGAAUAGUCCCUGAGUUAGAUGAGUUUUUUAAAGAAGUCUUCCGCAGCCACGUCAUUUUAUCCGAACAGAAUUGCGAAGAUUUCAAAACAAGUCUUGACUUGUGUUACAAGAUAAUCAUCGCUCCUGUGGUCAGUUUACUGAAGCAGCAGCCCGAGAUCAUAAUUGUCCCCGAUUCCUGUGCGUACCAAGUGCCAUUUGCAGCCUUGGCUGACGAAGGAGGCAAGUAUUUAUCCGAGACAUGCAGGAUUCGGAUAGUUCCCUCCCUGACGACUCUCAAGCAUGUUCAAGACAGUCCUCCAGACUAUCACAGUCAGACCGGGGCACUGAUAGUGGGUGACCCUAUGGUUGGAACGGUGAUUUACAAGGGAAGGUGCAGAAAUAUGCCACCAUUGCCGUGUGCAAGAAAGGAAGCAGAGAUGAUUGGAGGACUUCUUGGAGUAAGGCCUUUGAUAGGAGAUUCCGCGACAAAGCAUUCUGUGCUCCAAGCGAUAAGUUCAGUGAGCCUGAUACACAUUGCUGCCCAUGGUGAUGCCGAAAGAGGGGAGAUUGCUCUUUCUCCUAUGCACCCUACCCUACUCCCACCUUUCCCUAGAGAGGAAGAUUAUCUUUUGACGAUGGCGGAUAUUUCAAAAACUCAGUUACGAGCUAAACUAGUGGUGCUUAGUUGUGAUCACAGUGCUCGUGGACAGAUCAGAACCGAGGGAGUUAUUGGAAUUGCCCGAGCGUUCCUAAGAUCCGGAGCUCGUUCAGUGUUAGCGGCACGAUGGGCCCUGGAUGACAGAGCCACAGAGAAGUUUAUGACUUGUUUCUACAAACAUUUGUUCCGCGGUGAAAGCGCCAGUGAAUCUCUCCACAAGGCCAGGAAGUGGAUGAGAAAUAAUGGCUUUGACAAAGUUUCUCAAUGGGCGACAUUUAUGAUCAUGGGCGACAACGUGACAUUUGAUUUUGGAAAU